GGCGGCGGUGGGGAAGAUGGCGUACCAGAGCCUCCGGCUGGAGUACCUGCAGAUCCCACCGGUCAGCCGCGCCUACACCACCGCCUGCGUCCUCACCACCGCCGCUGUGCAGUUGGAAUUGAUCACACCUUUUCAGCUGUACUUCAAUCCUGAAUUAAUCUUUAAACACUUCCAAAUAUGGAGGCUAAUCACUAAUUUCUUAUUUUUUGGACCAGUUGGAUUCAAUUUUUUAUUUAACAUGAUAUUUCUAUAUCGUUACUGUCGAAUGCUAGAAGAAGGCUCUUUCCGAGGCCGGACAGCAGACUUUGUAUUUAUGUUCCUUUUUGGUGGAUUCUUAAUGACUAUCUUUGGUUUGUUUGUGAGCUUAGUUUUCCUGGGCCAGGCCUUUACAAUAAUGCUUGUCUACGUGUGGAGCCGAAGGAACCCAUAUGUCCGCAUGAACUUCUUCGGCCUUCUCAAUUUCCAGGCCCCCUUUCUGCCCUGGGUGCUCAUGGGCUUUUCCUUGUUGUUGGGGAACUCAAUCAUUGUGGAUCUCUUGGGUAUUGCAGUCGGACACAUAUAUUUUUUCUUGGAAGAUGUAUUUCCCAUUCAGCCUGGUGGAAUAAGAAUUCUGAAGACACCUUCUAUUUUGAAAGCUAUUUUUGAUACACCAGAUGAGGAUCCAAAUUAUAAUCCACUACCUGAAGAGCGGCCAGGAGGCUUCGCCUGGGGUGAGGGCCAGCGCCUCGGCGGGUAAAGCAGCAGUGCCAAUAAUGAGACCCAGCUGGGAAGGACUCAUGACAUACCCAUUGGGAUUCUUUUAUCCUUUGUGUUGCAAAAGUGUGGACACUUUUGACAGCUUGACAGGUUUGAACUCCAGAAGCACUUUAUGAAAUGGUACACUGAUUAAUCCGGAAGACAUUUCCAGCAGUUUGCCAGUGGAUCCUCAAGGCACUGGCACUGAAAGUGUAAUCUCUUGGAGCCAAAAAACUGGAGAAACAAAUACCCUGCCAUCUCUAGCGAACAAGCGCACGAGUACCUGAGUUCUCGGUGCGAGGCAGAGCUUUUUCCUCCUCCUCUGAUAGGCGGGGCCUUGAUGUAAAUGGAAGUUAAAGAGAGGACAAAAUAAAACUGAAUUCCAUCUCUCUCUCACUG